AUGCAGCGGCCCGGCGGACAGGGCACGGCCUUCUCCAUCGACUCCCUGAUCGGGACCCCGCAGCCCCGGCCGGGACACCUGCUCUACACCGGCUACCCCAUGUUCAUGCCGUACCGGCCGCUGGUCAUCCCGCAGGCGCUGUCCCACUCGCCGCUGUCCUCCGGGAUCCCGCCGCUGGCGCCGCUGGCCUCGUUCGCGGGGCGGCUCACUAACACCUUCUGCGCCGGCCUGGGUCAGGGCGUCCCGUCCAUGGUGGCGCUCACCACCACCAUGCCGAGCUUCUCCGACCCGCCCGACAGCUUCUACCCGCCGCAGGAGCUCCCCGGCCCGCGCCUGAGCGCCGCUGACCCCGGGGCCCGGCGGCAGGACAGCCCGCACCCCGAGGAGCUGCACGGCCGCGACAAGAGCUCCGAGCUGCUCAACUUCUCCGAAACUUUCCACCACGGCAUCUCAGGUGAGACCAAGCUCUACAGCUCGGACGAGGAGAAGCUGGAGCUGAAGCUGGACGCGGCCUGCAGCGACCGGGAGGACAGCUCCGCGGACAGCGAGAACGAGAGCUUCUCCGACGGGAACACGUGCGGCUCUCUGUCCCAGAAGAGCAAGCUGAAGGCGGCCUCACCGGACGCGCUGCCCGGCGGGGGCGGCGGCGGCGGCGGCGGCGGCGGCGCGGCGGCCGGGAAGAGCCGCCGCAGACGGACCGCGUUCACCAGCGAGCAGCUGCUGGAGCUGGAGAAGGAGUUUCACUGUAAAAAGUACCUGUCGCUGACGGAGCGCUCGCAGAUCGCGCACGCGCUCAAGCUGAGCGAGGUGCAGGUGAAGAUCUGGUUCCAGAACCGCAGGGCCAAGUGGAAACGCAUCAAGGCCGGGAACGUCAACAACCGGUCCGGGGAGCCGGUCAGGAACCCCAAAAUCGUGGUGCCCAUCCCGGUGCACGUGAACAGGUUCGCGGUGAGGAGUCAGCACCAACAGAUCGAGCAGGGCAGCAGGCCGUGAACGCACCACGCGCCGCCGGUGAG